GCUUUUGGAGCAGCACCAGUGGUGCGAGCCACGUCAUUUAUCGCCAGGAGGCGCCACAGCAUCGCUGGUAACGUGGGCCGUCUCCUGUGGGCCACACUGACGAGAGAGCUAUGGAGCCGCCGCGCGACGCGGACGGCAUGGACCAGGAAUUAGCCGCGGCCCUAGGCAUCCAGAUCAGCGACGAGCGCACGCAGGAAGCAAAUGUCCUCGGCGCGCGGCUCGCGACGGGCGUGUCCGCGCCGCCGCUCGCGCUCGCGUUCCUCGGGAGCGGCUUCUUUGAUGGUAAAGACGCAUUCCCGGAAGAAGCGCUCGACAAACUUAUUGGAUUGGCGGGCGACAGCGACAGGGCAUCGGUCCUGCGCGCCGCGCUAAGCGCCGUGGGCGACGACGCGCUCGCGGCCGCCGUUUUAAGGGCAGCUCUCCAGAAGGAGCGGCCCGCGGCCGUGGAGCCGGAGCCCGUCGUGGAACAGCCGCGCAUGAGCCUGCGGGACCACCGCCGCGCCGAGCGCCAGCGCGCCAUGGCGAACGGCCUCGAAAUCGCCGCGCCGGUGCCGGGGGCGCGGCCCGAGCCGCCGCUGGCGCGACGCGUGGCUGCGCCGCGGACCAAGGGCGCGGACGCGUGGCGGCCGCUCGGCGCGGCGCAGCCGGCGAAGCGGCGGCGGCGCGCGCCAUCGCCGCCGCCGCCGGCCCAAAACACGGUCGCCUGCCCCAUCUGCGGCGUGCGCGUGGCCGUCGCCGACCCGCGGCGCCCCGACGCCGAGAUGGACGCGCACCUCGAGCGCUGCGGCCGGCGGCGCCCCCGGCGCGCCGCCGCGGACGACGAGUCCGACCAGUCCUACAGCGACGCGUCCGAGGACGCUAGAAGAGCGCUCGAGCUGCGCGCCGCGGCGUCCUCUUCAGAUGAUGAGGACGACGCUUCUUCGUCGGACGACGACGGUCCGCUGCGGUUGCGAUCUACGGAAGCCAUCGCCGACGACGGCACCGACGAUGCAUUGAGGGCGCGCCUGGAGAAUAUCGAAGAGUCGGACGACGACGACGACGACGCUUUAAGGCUGCCGGGCGGCUUCGUCCUGCGGGCAUCUAUCUCCUCAAGACUCUACGCACAUCAGAGAAGAGCCGUGGGCUGGCUCUGGGACCUCUGGAGGCAGAGGGAGGGCGGCGUCGUCGGCGACGAGAUGGGCCUGGGGAAGACGGCGCAGGUCGCGGCGUUUCUCGGUGCGGUGGCGGACAAGCAGGAGUGCCGGACGUGUCUCGUCUUGGCGCCGACGACGAUGCUCGCGCACUGGCGGCGCGAACUUGAGACCUGGGCUCCUAGAGCUAGAGUAGUGGUCUUACAUCGGAGCGCGGCGGCCUUCGAUACCGCUGCCAAGAAAGGUCCCGCGCCCUUGGCCGAGUUUCUGGCAAGGGCGUUGUCGCCGCCCUCGGUCAACGGUGCCACCGUCGGCGUCGUCCUAUCCUCAUAUGAAGGGUUGAGACGACUAUCGGACGCUUUGUUAGCAAAGGCCUGGGGUUGUGUCGUCCUAGACGAAGGCCAGAAGAUACGGAACCCGGAAGCGUCGAUUACGAGGUUAUGCAAACAAUUAAGGACGCCUAGACGGUAUCUAUUGUCAGGAACACCCGUCCAGAAUUCAUUGACGGAGCUAUGGUCUUUAUUUGACUUCGCCGUUCCUGGAAGACUAGGAACGUUAAGGGCUUUUGAUGAUGAACUCGCCGCGCCCAUAAGGCAGGGCGGCUACGCGAACGCCACACCAGCAAAAGUCCAAUUGGCCUAUCGAUGCGCCUUGGCGCUGCGAGAUUUGCUGAAACCUUAUCUGUUACGAAGGACCAAAGCCGCGCUCAACAACACGGAACAAGGUGUACAGUUACCUUCAAAAACGGAACACGUUCUACUAUGUAGACUCUCUGCGGAUCAAUUGUCCUUGUAUAAGUCGAUAUUGGAGAGCGACGACGUCCGAAUAGCGCUGGAGCGACGGGGCGAACGGCAUCAUGGAGGUUCUCCCGCAUUUCGAGCGAUUGCGGCGUUACGAGCUGUGUGCAAUCACCCGGACAUCUACGGAGGUGCGAUCGAGGGUUCUUCGUCUGGUUCUAUUGAUAGAUCAGCAAAAUUGCGAGCGCUCGAUGCGGUCCUACAAAGGUGGAAAGCACAAAAACAUCGGGCACUAGUGUUUUCGCAAUCCGUGAAGAUGCUUGACAUACUAGAAGCUCUAGCGCAACAGAGAGGUUAUGCGUAUGCGAGGAUGGACGGGUCCACACCUCCCACACAGCGACAAGCCACAGCGGACGCCUUUAAUUUGCCCGGUUCGAAGACUUUUUGUAUGUUACUUACGACGCGGACGGGCGGCGUUGGAUUGAACUUGAUAGGGGCUGACAGGGUAGCAUUGUACGACCCCGACUGGAACCCGCAGACCGACGCGCAAGCUAGGGAGCGGUGCUGGCGCAUCGGGCAGACGAAGCCUGUUACUGUCUAUAGAUUCGUGUGCGCUGGCACGAUCGAGGAAAAAAUUUAUCAUAGACAGAUCUUCAAGCAGGCUUUAACUAACAGAGUAUUGACGGAUGCUCGCCAACGGCGGCUGUUCUCGCAGUCCGAACUGUCGGAGCUGUUCACGCUGGGCGAGGGGGCCUAUCCCGACGGCGACAACCUCGUCAAGGCGGAAGACUUUGCUGCUGCUACUGCUCCCGCUGAUGAAGAGGUAACUAAUGAGGAUGAUGAUAGAGAUGUAUUACAGGCUUUAUGGGAUGGGGCUGCCGAUAGUGAUCUUGCUGGUGUGCUCAGGGCGGCCUCUGAUAAUGCUUCGGAAGGUGUGCAAGCGGCGGCCCAACGGGAAGCGUUACGCGCCGUCGAGGCCGUGGAACGGACGCGGAACCAAGCCGUACAGCUGAACUCGUCGGACUUAUUAGGUGCCAUCGCGCGUCGACGGCGCGAUGCGCAACAUGAGGCUGUCUCUGUCAGAGACGAGGAGGCGCCGGCGGCGGCGGCCGUGGCGCUGGUCCGGCGCCUCGAUUCGUAUUUGCGCAACAACACGCCGCCGACGACCGACGAACUCCUCCAGGAAUUUGGGGAUGUGCGCGACGCGCACCUGUUCCGUUCUGUUCUGAGACAGCUCGCCCAGCGACGAGACGGGGUCUGGCGGAGAAAGAGAUAGUUGUGAUUA